AUGGCGCACACUUACGAGCUCCCCACUAGAGAGUUUUUUGUCGAUUGCUGGUACGAUAGCGAAAAAAGAAAAGCCGCAUUCCAACAUCUAGGGGACCGAAGGUACAUCGAUUUUGCAAAAAUAAAUGACAUCUUGGGCUUGCCUUCUUCUUCAAACACCUCCACGGUUUUCGACGUCUUACCUGUUGGGUUCAAUCAUGAGACCUUUUGGAUGGAAAUAAUCGGGGGUAUCUUUUCGUGUGCCGGUCGGGAUAAAGCAACCUCCAUCAUUGACCCGUGUCUCUGCAUUGCCCAUCGCAUCUUGGCGUGUACGGUUUUUUCCUGCAAAGAAACCGGUCAGGUCACCAAAAAUGAGCUCUUCUUUCUUUGGUGUAUGAUGAUGCGUGACAGCCCACCAAUCCCGAACUUUGCUUCAUUCUUUUUCCAUAAAUGUGCACACAUGAGAAGCAAAGCUUCUGAUGAUAUUUGCAUUGGGGGUUAG